UUUCGUGCACGCACGUACGCACGCACGCACGCAUGCACGCGAUAGUGUUAGGUGGAGUGGCGCGUCAUUAUACCCAUACUGGCGCACACCUGCGAGAGAGAAUGGUCGAAGAAUGCAUGUGCGAGUAGGCGAGGUCGCGCUUGUGUUGCGUUGGUGGAAGCAGGAGAGACCCUGUGUUUCCCUGGGCACACGAUCGUGUGUGUCGAAUAAACGAGUGUAACGCAGUCGACGACGGACCUAGAGGCUAAACCUGCUGAACACCGGAGCGAGCCAUUUGUACGUUCUCGAGUGCACCGAUUUUGCAUCGUUCUCGAGUUGACACAGUUACUUUCUUCCGCUUGUAUCGAGCGGCGGAGACACGUCAAAACGCGGCGUGCGCGUUCACGUUGGAAACUGUGGCACGUGAGAGAGCACGUAACCGCGAGUGGCUACCCGUUUGACGACAUUUCCAAGCGUCCAAGUAUCUUUACCACCGAUGGCUCGUGCCGUAGUUUCGUCUAGUCUCGAUAGCGAGAAGCUUCCGGCAUCCGUGCGAGUCGCGUCGAACGGAGGAGUGUGCCAGCUCGGUUAUCAGCUGGACGACGAUCGGUUGAUGCUGCAGUUUGCCUCAUCCUCACUUUUCCUUCCAGUCGAUCCGUCCUAUCCCGCGCCAGUCAUUUGCAGCUCGUUUAUAAACAUUCCACGGCUACGAUUAUGAGCUACGUCGGUCCAAGGAUACAGGAGAGGGAAAUCCAGUUGAUAUCGUGAACAUUUUUAGUCGAUCUGGAAUAGUACGACACGACCGAGUCAGCGACUGUCGUGUGUUCUCGCUCUCUUCCAAGGUGAAACGUGUGCUGCGCGCUCGAUGCAGAGGAUGCGAAUACACGCUGGAUAGAGUACAAUGAACAUACCCAUCGUGUCGGGAGAUAUCGUCGAAGACGAUGUCCACAAGCCACGUUUCGUCAGGAGAAUUCUAGAAGAAGCUGUUGGAAUUCGAAUAACCAGUUUCGUCGAGUACUCGGCCAGCGUAUCCAGAUUCUUCUUUCCGCAGCGUAUACCCCGGAAACUCGGAAUGAUGCUGAUCCUUCCGGAUUUAAGGUUGCAGUACGAACAACGAUCGAGACGCGAACAAUGUGGCCGCGAAAGCGAGUGCUAUGUUGAAGUGGACGGCUCUGUCGAAGAAUUAUGCGUGCCGACUUCGUUGGACGACGAGCGAAAAGAAGAGGAAGAGCGGCUGCGUGAAUGCUUCGUCACGGGCUCCGAUCCCAGGGUGGCCACAUGUCGAGGAAAGCUGCAGAACAAACGAAGCAAACUGAAUCAGGAGAUCAACAAGGAGCUUCGGUUACGAGCCGGUGCGGAGAACCUCUUCAAGGCGACGACCAACAGAAAGUUGCGUGAAACGGUCGCGCUGGAAUUGAGUUUCGUCAAUUCGAAUUUGCAGUUGCUGAAGGAACAGCUCGCCGAAUUGAACAGCUCGGUGGAGCUUUAUCAGAAUGUCGACAGGCAACGCGAACGCCGACCAGAGACGCAGCAGGCAUCGCGCUGUUGUUGCGCUACUACAAUCAACUGUACUUCAUCGAGCGAAGAUUCUUCCCGCCGGAUCGAAGCCUGGGCAUCUACUUCGAGUGGUUCGAUUCGUUGACAGGCGUCCCGAGCUGUCAACGAACCGUCGCGUUCGAGAAAGCUUCGGUCUUGUUCAACGCAGCCGCCCUGUACACGCAGCUGGCCGCCAAGCAGGAUCGUCUGUCCACCCGCGGCUUGGACCAGGCGAUCGACGCGUUCCUUCGUGCUGCUGGUACCUUUCGUUACAUACACGAGAACUUUACCAACGCACCGAGUAUGGAUCUUGGGCCGGACAUGCUCGAGAUGCUCGUUCAACUGAUGCUGGCCCAGGCGAGGGAGUGUCUGUUCGAAAAGCUGGAGCUUCAGUCGAAGGACGGCAGAAGGAACAUCGACGUUUCGUUGGACCUCGCGCAGGAAGCGUCACAGGUCGCAGCCGUUUACAACGACGUGCACGGAUUGAUCUCGCGCGAACCAGUCCGCGAUUACGUUCCGGAAACGUGGAUUUCGUUGAUCCUGGUAAAACGUGAGCAUCACUUGGCUCUGGCGCACAAGCACCUCGCGCUUGGGCUGUUCGAUCGGCCGGUUACCGAAUGGCGAGCGGAAACGAAACUGGCGCUUGAACACGUGCAAAGAAGCGACGGGAAGACGCAGUUGGACGUGAUCGUGCCACGGGACGACAAUGAAAGAAAGUUACUGGCGAAAGCACAUCUCAGAGAAGCUUUGGUUUUACACGAAGAAAGUCAGAGGCUGCAGAGAAUGUGCAGAGACCUGAAAGCGAAACAGGCGCUUGCCAAAGUUCUGAAGAGAGUGCAGGAGUCGACGGUGGAAGAUUACAACGGUAUCGGGGACGAAGACGACUUCCGAGGAUUGCUAGAUCCUCCGGAUAUUAUAGCGUCUACAAAGUUUCAACUGAGCAUCACUCAGCCAGAUUUCGGACAACACGGAGUGGAAGAUCUUUUCAGAUCGUUGGGCCCGGUCGCUAUAUUUUCAGCUAAAAGACAUUGGACCGCACCGCGAUUAAUACAACUGCAACGAGGACCGGACGGCGAAGGAUUCGGUUUCAGCGUUCGGGGAGACGCUCCUGUAAUAAUAGCUGCGGUCGAUCAUAAUUCAUUGGCCGACUUGGGUGGCAUGAAGGAAGGCGACUUUAUAGUAGGUAUCGGCGACAAAGACGUCAAGUGGUCAUCUCACGAGCAAGUGGUCCGACUGAUCAAGCAAUCUGGUGAUUUUAUAAACUUAAAAUUGGUCACGCCGAUGGAUAGAAAUUAUUUGAAGAAACCGGGUAGAAUUAAUCAGCAAGAUAAGGGAAGCGUUUCGGCAAGUAGCUCUUCCGGAAUUUCGUCGGGUCAACCGAGCCCAGCCGGCUCCGUCACCACCGCUCACGUAGCUAAGAAACUACCAUGGAACCCGUUCAAAAAAUCGACCACGCAGCGCGAUAGUAGGGACCUGACGUUCGACAAUGUAAUCCUUAGAUGACUGCUUGGAUGUUGUACGAUCCACUGGUCCGUUGCAAUUGGAAUUUCCAACGAAACGAGCGAACAUCGGAGAUAUUUGCCACUAAACUUCGAAAUUCGAAACCUUGAUUGUAGGAUCACGCUACCCUGUCGCAACGCAAAUUCUGUGUAAUAUUCUAUCUUUCGAAUGCGUAAUAACGAAGACUCGGAAGACUUUGAAGAUAGAAUUAAUGAAGACAGGGACGGGGGGGGCAGGGGGAAGGAGUAAAAUAAAAUAAACAGUUCGAUAAAACUCAAUGCAAUGCUCUUCGAUAAACGAACAUGAUACUAGAAUGUACAGUAAAUACAGAUCGGUAAGAAAGCGUAGCGAACAAAAUACAAAUGUAAGCGUACGUUAUAUACACCAAUUAUAUUUUGUUCACGAAAGAAAACAGUCGUUUCUUUCUUUUGCUUCCUUCUCUCCCUGUUACGUCAGUGUGUGAAUUUCACUGAAACGAAAGUGUACGUCGCACGAUAAUUUGUUCCUAUAAAUUUGCUUGAAUAUAAAUCCCAGGAUUUAGGCGCUAAACAACGGCGUUAUGUUUGCACGUAGUUUCGACGUGUCUCGUAUCGCUUUUCUCACAGUAUCGGCCAGACUUAUCGGAAAUAAAUCGACGCGCGUAAGUGGAGAAGAAUAGAAAGGCACGAUUGCGAAUCGGCAGAUCGAACGGCGACUUUCACCGAGUCGAGAAACGUCCUGGUACACGAUUGAUUACGUAAGCAAAUGGAAAGAAAACGCCAGUCGAGUGUUGUAACAAAGCAGUGUUGUACAGACUGUGUUAUAUUAUUGGAAAGAAUACGCUUAAAAGGGGGGGGGGGAGGGAAAAAGGUAUUUUCAUCGCGAGUGACGUGCGUCGAUCAAAGUCGACGAAGAUAACGUAGAUUAGGAGAAAGGCGAAGAUUACGUCGGGAAACGUUCGAUCGGACGAGCGCGUUUUACCUUCGUCGCUUGCGAGGCGCAACGCGAGAAUCGCGAAUAUUCGUGAGCCAUCGUAGCCUCGAUGCUGAGCGGGCUUCGGCCGAAAGGAGACUCGCGGUGAAAGUAAAACGUAGAAUCACGAGAAGAAAGUGAAUCGAGUCGAGUGGUCGCCGUCGUUUAAUUACCUGAUGCGCACAACUCGAUAUUACGAGCUUGACACUUGCCAUUUUCGAAGAGCAAAACAUGGAAGAAACUGUCGUUUCACACGUACGAUGGCAGAUUGCGAUCAUUUGAACGAUCCUCUGAGCAAACAGCUCUCUGACUCGACAGUAUUGCUCGCGUGCGUAUCGGAUGUGUUUUAGGUGGUGCCUAAAAUGAAAAGGGAAACGGAGAGGGAAGGAGAUGAGCGAAGCGAGUGCGAAGAGAAGAAGCAGAGCGGUAAGAGCGGGAAAAGUAGGAGCGGUAAGAGCGGCGCGCGUACCACGAUCUGGCCUUAAAUUGAUCGUGCGAGCAAGCGAGCGGAUUACUCGGUUCCAGGUUCGUCGGCGAACAAGAUUUCUCGAGCUGACCAGUUGGCCGGUCACCGCCUAUUACUCCGAUUAACAGAAACGUGUGAGAAUAUUGUUUGGUGUGCCGCGUGACGACUUAAAAGUGCCAAGUCGAAUUCCAACAUCGAACUUCUUCCUGUGUUUCGAUAUUUGAACGUACGUUCACAGUUCGUCGCAAAUAUAUUUCCCAUGCUGUUUCAACCGUGUUUAUAACUUCAUUGUUAUUUUCAAAAAUGUCUACCGAGAAGUAAACGACGAGCGUCCGCGCUCGCUAGUUGACGCUUCAUUAAUGAAAAGGAGGACGAGGACGUGAUGGACGUGGACGAUAGAUGAGGGAUUCGUAAGGUCAAACGAUCGGUUAUUAGAAAGCGCGCGGCAGGAGAAUUGCAAGGAUAGUCAUUCUCUCGCAAGUAGAUCGAUGUCGAACUUUCUCCUCGACGACGACGACGAGUCGCCGAGUGGCGUAAGAACUCGUCGAGUCUCGUAAUCGUUGGUAGCUCGUUUGGAAAAGAAUUCGAAAGAGCGAAACGAGGACGCGCGAACACGGAGAAAGGGAAGAGAAGGAGUGCGAGGAAAGGAGGGAUAGUAACAGUAGUAGCUGUGUAAUGUCAGCAGCAGCAGCAGCAGCA